UCACAUUGGCACUACUAAAUAGUGAGAUGGAGCCGAAGAGCGAACUAAAACAGCGAAAGACGGAGCCUGGUGAGACCAUCAGCAGCAACCUAGCCGUUGAACUGAUCGCGCGGGUUACGUUCACAUGCUUGCAGACACUGAAGACCGUGCCACACCGCCAGCAGAGCCACUCCGCCGCCGUAAGAGCCUCUCACAUCGCAUGAAGAACGAGUGGGACUCGUUGCUCUGGCUCUUUGCCGCCUUUGCCGUCUUCUAUUUCACCAACUUUGCGUCUACUCUUGUCUUCAAUGAACUGGUCAAUGGGACAUGGCUGAUGCUGAGUGCUGCAAUUCUAUUAGUCUCAAUGGGAUGUGUGGCAUAUGCCAUAGUCUUUCUACCAGGCCUACAGGCGGACAACUGGAGAGAGAACGCCCCAGGUCUCAUCAUCACAGCCACUGUAACUGGCAUCAUUGGAGGCAUCUGGUGACACUGUUAAAAAUUGUCGCUCACUUUUGCUACACAAAAACUCUUUCUAUCACUCAGUCUUGCAGUUGCUGUGUGGCCAGUCUGGAGGUUCUACUCAAUAGCCAUUCUCUUUGUACUGUUCAUGGGUUUCAUCUCUGGUGUCUCUCUCAUUGACUGACACCCUCACUGCUAUAAAUACUGACUCUCCUCCCUACCCCUCCUCCCAGCAAUAUGAUCAUACUGUUUUGUUCUAUAUCAUCGGGAAUAAAACUUUUACCUACCACC